GGAUGCUCUGCUGCCUGUGCUCCAGUCGUAGGCUCGUCGGGAGCCAUUCGAAGUAGCCGGCCGCGUGUCUCCAGCAACCCCCAUCCCGUGUGGCCGGUGUCUCCCCCGGUCGCGCCAUGCCGCCGCCGGUCCAGGCCACCGCACCACGUCCCCAACUCCCUCUCUCACAACACCCCCGCCGCCCCGCUCCGCCGCCGCAGAAUCUCCUCCGCCUCCGCCUCCGCGCCGUCGCUCCCCUCCUCUCCAGCUCCUCCUCCUCCUCCUCCUCGUUUCCGCGGACGCGACGGUCGUGCGUGCGGGUCCGCGCGGGAGCCGGCGGCGGGCGGAGGAGGGAGUCCCCGUACGAGGUGCUCGGCCUGCCGCCGUCCGCCGCGCCCGCCGACAUCAAGCGCGCGUACCGGCGGCUCGCGCUCAAGUACCACCCGGACGUCAACAAGGAGGCGAACGCGCAGGAGAAGUUCCUUCGGAUCAAGCACGCGUACAACACGCUGAUGAACUCGGAGAGCCGGUCCAAGUACGCCAGCAGCGGCAGCGGCACGGAUUCGUCAUCUUGGGCAUCCCGGAGCAGUAAAUCAGCUGACGCUGCAGCAGAAGAAGAGCAAUUCUACGGGUUUGCGGAUUUCCUUAAAGAUCUGCAAGAGGAAUUUCAGAACUGGGAAGCUAGCCUGAAUUCAGACCAGAAACCUAAAAGCUUGUGGGAAGAAUUAUCAGCAAUUGGCGAGGAAUUUGUCGAGUUUCUAGAGAACGAACUGAAGAUCGAAGACUCUAGUCCCGAGGAAGACAAUUCAAAUGAUUCAUACACGCAGUUUGGAGGGAAAAGCGGUGGUUCUCGGGGCGACAAUGCAACAACAAACAGCUCUGAUGAUGGCAUGUCUGACAUAGAGGCUGUCCUUGAGCAGCUAAAAAAAGAACUUGGGCUCAGCUAGACCACGGUGCCUAUUAACAGCGCAGUGUUUGGAGCUGUACAGCCAUUUUGCAAUUGGUACUAACUCGGUGUUCAUGUGCAGCAGGCCUUACCCUCGUUUCUAACGGCAAUCGUACAUUUCAAAACCACAGGAAUAUUACAUGCUACUCCAGGAGGAAGCGGGUUCGCGCUGUAGGGUUGUACUACAGCGUGAACCCUCUCUAGGUGGUUUAGAGCGAGGUUAAUUUGUCAAUGCAUGAAUUUUGGUAGCCUUAGAGGGAGGUUAAUUUGUUGUUGUGCAUGAUCUAGACAGAACCGAGGAAAAGAGAAACAAUAUGUUGGUACAAACAAUAUGUUGUUGGCUUCUUUUUUGUCCGAUAAGGAGGAUAAACCUCUGUUGCAUUGGUCAA